AUGGCGGCGCGGCGGCAGUGGUGCUACCUGUGCGACCUGCCCAAGAUGCCGUGGGCCGUGGUGUGGGACUUCAGCGAGGCCGUUUGCCGCGGCUGCGUCAACUUCGAGGGCGCCGAGCGCAUCGAGCCGCUGCUGGAGGCGGCGCGGCGCCUCCGCCACAGCCACGGCGCCGCCGAGGCCCGGCCGCCGCCGCCGCCGCCGCCUCCGCGGCCCGCCCGCGACCACCACCACCACCACCACCACCAUCACCACCACCAACAACCGCCGCCGCCGCGUCUCCCCAACGGGCUCGGCCGCGGCGAGGAGCCGGCCGAGCGGCGCCCCGCGGCCUCGUCGGGCUGCCGGCCGCGGGGAGCCGAGUGCUUGGCCGAGCUCAGCGAGGCCAUGCGGGGCCGCGCCGAGGACUGGCCCGGCAAACCGCCGGCGGUGCGCGAGCGCCUGGCCGCCCUGGCGGGCUGCGCCCCUUUCAACGUGCGCUUCCGCAAGGAUCACGCUCUGGUGGGGCGAGUCUUCGCCUUCGACGCCGCGCCCCGGCCGGGCUUCGAGUUCGAGCUGAAGCUCUUCGCCGAAUACCCCUGCGGAUCGGGCAGCGUCUACGCCGGCGUGCUGGGCCUGGCCAAGCAGAUGUUCCACGACUGCCUCCGCGAUCCCGGCAAAGCCAUCUCGUCGGGAUACAAGUACCUGGAGUACGAGAAGCGCCAGGGCAGCGGGGACUGGCGCCUCCUGGGCGAACUCUUCACCGAAGCCGUGCGGUUCUUCCGCGAUCCCCCCGCGCCGGACGCGCUGCCCCAGCAGCACGCCGAGGCGGCCGGCGCCUUGUUGCCCGCUUCGCUGGCCCGCGCCCUGCCGCCGCGACGGCGGAGGAAGGCCUCGCCGGAGCCCGACGGCGAAGGCGGCGUGGGCAAGCUGACGGGCGAAGAGCAGCAGCAGCGGCAGCACUGGCUGCCGCCGGCGGCGGGCGGGUUGUACCCGCCGGGCGACGUGGCGGCGGCGGCGGCCCGGGGCGAACCGUCGCCCAUCGCGGCGCUGAAGAACGUGGCCGAGGCGCUGGGAGCCGGGCAGUCGCCCAAAGACGCCAACCCGCCCGUGCACUCCACCACGGCGGGCGCCCGGCAGAACAGUGCCAGCCCCGCGUCGCCCGCCGCCGCCUCCUCGCAGCACCGCCCGGCGCCGAGGAACGGCGACGCCAGCUCUUCGGCUUCCUCCUCGGCCCACGCCGCGGCGGGCGCCGAGCCGGUGCCUGCCCCCGGCGUGCCCGACUCCUCCGGCGCCGCCGUCGCUCCGCUCUGCUGCACCAUCUGCCACGAGCGCCUCGAGGAUACCCACUUCGUGCAGUGCCCCUCGGUGCCCGGCCACAAGUUCUGCUUCCCUUGCUCGCGGGAUUUCAUCAAGGCGCAGGGGGCCGCCGGCGAGGUUUAUUGCCCCAGCGGGCAGAAGUGCCCCUUGGUGGGCUCCAGCGUGCCCUGGGCCUUCAUGCAGGGCGAAAUCGCCACCAUCCUGGCCGGCGACAUCCGCGUCAAGAAGGAGCGGGACCCCUGAGCCCCCUCCCUCGCCGCUGCCGCCCCCACCCCGGGCACCCAGGGGCACCCACCGGCUCCUAUUAACUCGCUGCCUUGUUUUUUGGGGGG